GCUGGCAGGUCUACCGCUGCGAUGCAUUAUGGGGACGGUAGUUCUUCCCGCCCCAAGCGAGCGAAGAUGUCCGAGGUGCGGCUGCCCCCCGUUCGGGCGCUGGAUGAUUUUCUUCUGGGCUCCACUCGCUUGGCUGCCCCCGACGUGCCAGACCUGCAGCGCUGGCACAAUCGCGUGAUUAACAACCUCCUGUACUACCAGAGCAAUUAUCUGCUGCUGCUGGGCGCGGGGCUGCUGCUGGGCGGGUACUUCCAACCCAUGCUGAUUCUGCUAAGCUGCCUGCUUAUCAGUCUGCUGUUUGGAGGCUUCAUCUGGGCAGCUGAGAACAAAGCUCCCGUGCGACGCUUCCGGCGGAAUUACCCUGGCACGUGUUUCUUUGCCAUCCUCAGCGCUGCGUACUUCCUGGUGUCUCUUUUUGAGGGCUCUGCCACCUUCUUGAUUUUCAUCGCCCUGCCCAUAAUGUUGAGCCUCAUCCAUGCCUCCCUGCGCCUGCGGAACCUUAAAAACAAGAUUGAGAACAAAAUUGAGAACAUUGGACUCAAGCGCACGCCGAUGGGGCUGCUACUGGAAGCUGUCGGACAGGAGCAAGAAGCUGGAUCCUAGACCUUCAGCAUCGGUUUCCCUUCCAACUGAUGCCCACGUGCGUAUCUUUCUGCUUGCCCCUGUCUAGCAACCUGGCUGUGAGUUCCUGUGGAAGAUACAGUAGCUUCUAGCAUACCGCAAACUAUCAGCAGAACUCCCAGCCACCGGGUAACAGCAAAAUAAAAAGGGAGAGGAAAUGGACUGAAAUCAGCCUAACAAACAGCCUAACAGUUUAACAUUAAGUAUUCCCCAUUGGAAUCCGUACCUGUUUUGCUCUAGAAAGGAAGGGAUAACAAUGGAAGAAAGCUAUAGUUAAAAAAACCUUAUAGUAAAAUGCUGGUCUGGACUACAUAGUUGCUGGUUGAGAGAAGAACAAGAAUCGAGAUCAGAAGCAAAUGAAAUCGGUGUUGUUCUCAUUCGAUUUUCUCCAACCAGGUAUGGUCCAGAUGUGUUGGGACUGCAACUUCCAAAAUGCUCCAGUUCGCUGGGAAUUUCCUGGGUUGCAGGCGGCUAUUCCAGGGAGGCUGGCUUGUUAAGACACAGUAUUAUUCAAUAUUUACCUAACCCCACUGCUCUAAGAGCUUCGGAAACAGUAUUAAAACUAAUCUAUGUAGCAACCCCAUUGCUUAGGUCAGUAUCAUGUAUCACUAUAUCACACCUGGAGGGCUGGGGGUUUGGAGAGCAGACUGCCCCGGCCCCCAAUAUGUGCACAGCAGAGCUGAGAUUGAAAUGGGGGAGUUCUGGAUGGUUCUUCAUCUUGCUUAGUCUUGGACUGCAUCACUUCUUCUGCAGAAUUUCUGGGCUCUUGAUGCUUAGAUGGAGGCACCAAGUAAAGCAAUUUGGAUGGGGUUUGGCAGUAGAAGGGAGGAAGCCAGUUUGAAGAAGAUCUAGCUAAACCUUCGAAUGAAUGAUGGAGGCUAAUCAUUAAUCUUGUAAAGAUUCUUUUCAUGAAGGCUUUUGGGCAGAGGGGAAGGCUAACUCCCAAGUGCUGGAAAAGUACAAUAUUACGAUGCAAAAAAUUUGGACAAUCACAAAAUGUCAUCAAAUGGCAAUUUGUUUAUUUUAAUCUCUAUACUAGCAUCUGGAGGUUGUCUGCAUUUUUGCAGCCCAGAUCUGGUAGCCCUAACGAGAUAUUGCAGACUAUACAUUCAGGUUCAGAGGUGUGGAACUGUCCCCGCUUUUAAAUUUAUUUAAACAAGAAAAGAACUUUUGUCUCUUUCCAGUUAGCAACUUCAAAACCUUGUCCUGGCUCGUGCAUAGCAAUAAACUGCAAUGCAAUUUGUUUGCUUUUAGAUUAGCUUGACAUGCAAAGCUACCCAUUAUGACUUAGUAGGAUAGGAUGUGUAAAGCAGGCUAUUAUGAUUUGUUAACAAACCAUAAUGCUAAGUCUGGCUUUGCGUUAUGUGUGAAUGCAGCUAUUUUAUUCCACAACAGUUCCCCAUAUUCAAGUCAUUUGAAAUUCAGAUGGUUCUUAUCCAAAACUGAAUAGAACAGACCAAACCUGAUAUUGUGCAUAGUUCUAAUUAGUAUACAAUAUAUACAAAUGUAUAGUUGAGGUGUUCUAAUACUGAUCAUAUUCCUUUCUUUAUAUAAAGUGUUGUUUUGAAAAUGAUGGGACAAAGCAGUAAUUAAAUACAUCCUUUUGCUUAAAAAGAACUUUCUGUCUAAGGCUUUUAAGAAGAUAAUUUAGCAAGAAAAGGGUCCUUCUAUACUUCCUGGUUUGCACUUUGUUUGCUACAGGCACCACCCUUGAGCAAGCUCAUAGCAGAGGUCUUCCUGGUACAUAGUUUGCCACUCUUAAACUAGUCAUUAAGUUACACAUAUUCUGUUCAGGACAUAAAUAUGUACACUUGUCUUCCCGCCCACACAGUUGCUUUGCAGUAGGUAAGAAAAUAUAAGCACCACAUCCUUCUGAGUGUCAUGGGCCAUUAUGGAAAAGGCUUUUUCCCCAAAGUCAUACUUAAGAUUAAUCAGUUGAGGUCUGAGGCAAGCCUCUUACAAUCUUACUAGAAGAUGCAAAGCUUGCACGCCAGCAUUUGUAGGCCUGCAUGCUAUACUGGAUGAUUGGUGGGGGACAGGGGGGAAGAGAUUCACAAUUCCCGAGUAGGAAAUUGUACUUUCUGAGUUUUUCUGAAAGGUUUUAUCAUCACAUACAAUCCAGUAGAAUUAUGUAGCAAGUAUUGUUUUUUUGGUUCUGUAAGCCAUACAGGCUAUAAUGCCUAUUUACAAAAUACCAACAGCAUCCAAAAACCUCACUGGUAGAUUAUGAACUCUCUCUCAAUUACAUUUUAGAGGCUGCCUUCCUCACAUGUAGAACAUAUAUGUGCAAACCCAACCAUCUAAUUGGAGUUGAAGGAACUAAGUGCAGAGUUAAAUGUGUACAACUGCAGUUUGAAGGAAUUGUUGCUUUUCAUUUUGGGAUUUCUUCCCAUGUUAGUGAAAGAGGUCCAGGCUUGGAAGGGAAACAUCUGAUACUGGAAGUGAUUUCCUCUCCAUUUGCUCAGCUCUUGGAGGUGGCCUGAGAAGCUUGCCAGGAAGAAGCCAUGAAUCUUGUGCGAAGAGUGUCCCUCCAUCAAACAGUAUGUCGAAGGAUGGGGAAUGUGGGUUUCAUAGCAGCAGAACCAAAGGUCUCUGAAGCUUUAAGCUUGGACAUUACAGAGCUGAACUGCAGGCUCGUUCUGCUUUUAUGCUUACUAAAGUCACUGGGACAUCUUUGCAACUAGCAAAAGAAUUGCAGAAUGGAUUUCAGUUGUUUGUAAUCAUGAUAAUUGAUUUUAGAUUAAGGGUUUAAGAUGUUACUUUAGCUUUUCAUGGUGUUGUGUCUUACUUUUAUGUAAAUGCAGAUUUACUAUGGAAAAGAGUCAAGUUUUGGAAACUGCUCCUCAUGUGGAAAUCCACAAACAAAUUUGAUUAAAGCUUUCCAAAAAUGUACAUAGAUCUUUGAUUUGCCCCAGUGUAUACAGUGAACGCUCAGAUCCAGAUGCAUAUGAGACAAAGAACAGCAUGAGUUACAUUUAUCUCAGAACAAAACAAAAAGUAUUCUACAACUUAGUGUACCAUUUUUAACUCUCUGCAUAUGUGAAAUAAAGUCUUGUGAUUUUCACGGCACUGUUUUACAUGUAGCCUUAAAUUUUGUCUGUUUUGCUCUACAAGCACUUUGCAGGUGUAGUGCCUUUGCUGAAACAGAGACAAUUAGGGAGAAUUUCAAACUUCCAAAGCAGCUGCACAAGAUGGGGGCUGCUUUAAUGAUUCAAGAAAGAUGCUUCAUACACAGUCCUGCAUGUUCCAAAGUACCAGUCAAAGGAUUUGCAAAGCUCUGACAUUUAGAUAAGACGAUUACACAAAUAUACCCAAUACUCUGCUCUGUGAGCUGGAAACUUAAAAACACGUUCCUUUCAGAUGUUGUGUGCAUUACAGAAAGUCCUCGCUUAACAACCACAACAGGGACUGGAAAAUUCAGUUAA